AUGGUCAGGUUUAAGAAUCGAUACUUUUUAUGCGAAUAUAUUCAAGAGAAUCAGGAGUAGGAAUUUUCAGAGAGAGACUUAUUUAUUGAGAUAAAAGAUCAAGUAGAAUACCAUUUUGGUUAGUUUGGAUCCGGCAAUAUUUAAUUUUCAUUUUAAGUAAAAUAUUUGAAUUCUAUUUCAAGGUUGUUUAUCUUGAGAGUGAAUAGGGAGUAUAAAAAUAUAAUUUGGUCAACCCUCUUAUUUAUGAAUAUGUUUAGAGGUGUACCAAUCAAAAUUAGAACCUUAAGUUGUUCAGGCACAAUAAAUAAGUGUGAAAUCAGAGCAAGGAGGUUGCUCACAAAAUGGGUACAUAAAAUAUUAAAAUGCGAUAUGCCCAAUCGAUUGAGAAAUACUAUUAUUAGGGAUUAUCAAUAAACUUAAUAAAUUCUACCAAAAUUAACAUAAUGA